AUGGCGGUGGCCAAGUACCAGACAUCUACUGCUGCCCUGCUUGCUAUGUCCUGCGGCAGUGUCCAGCCCAGGCUCCCGGCACCCAGCACGUCCCCGACCCUGGUCACCUUCGCCACCACAGCCCUCCUCUCAGACAGCCACUCGAACCCGCGAGUACAGAGGUGCGCAUUCCUGAGCAACGGCUCCCUGAUGACAGCCGCUACUCCUGCCAGAGGGAGAGGCUCACAGGAAUGGAGAGAUACCAAUGUUAUUCCUUUGUUUGAGAAGGACAACAAGGAUAAAUUGAACACACUUUCUUCGUUCAUUGGUCCAUUCAAGUAUUUCAGCCCUGCUUUGGAAAAUACAGAGGAUGAGGACAAUCUGAGCACCAGUAGUGCAGAGGUCAAGGAGAACCGCAACGUCGGGAAUUUAUCUCUGGAGGAUCACCCUGGUGACCGCCAGGUCUUCCGCUGUUCGGAUGUGACUGCAGGUGGAGCGCCUGGCCUGAAAAGGAAAAGACCCCUGGAGGAAGGGAAUAACGGGCACAUGCACCCCAAGGUGCAGCUGAAGUGCAAGAAACUCUCCUGGUCAGUCACACCAAAGAAUGCCUUAGUGCAGCUGAAUGAGCUAAAGCCGGGCUUACAGUACAAGAUGGUCUCCCAGACUGGGCCUGUACAUGCGCCCAUUUUUGCCAUUGCCGUCGAGGUGAAUGGCUUGCUCUUCGAAGGCACGGGACCCACCAAAAAGAAAGCAAAGAUGCGGGCCGCCGAGAUGGCCCUGCAGUCUUUCGUGCAGUUCCCGAACGCCUCCCAGGCUCACUUCACCCUGGGGAACUGUGUCAACCCCAGCACGGAUUUCACAUCUGACCAGGCCGACUUCCCCAACACACUGUUUAAAGAGUUUGAGCCCUCGGCUCAGAGUGAUGGCUGCAGCCCUGCUGAAAACGAAUUGCUCUACAGCGGCUGCAGACACGGGCGAUUACUCUGCCACACGUUGGAUUUAAUGGUCCAAGCCAAACAAAACAAGCACAAGGUUCCGUUCCCAGCAGCGAGCAGGAAGAAUCCAGUCGAGAUGUUAAAUGAGCUGCGUCCGGGGCUGAGGUACGUGUGCAUCUCGGAGACUGUGGAGAAGCGUGUCAAGAGCUUUGUGAUGGCAGUCAGGGUGGAUGGGAGAAUGUUUGAAGGCUCGGGACGCAGCAAGAAGCUGGCCAAAGUCCAAACUGCACAGGCUGCUCUUCAGACUCUCUUUAACAUCCAGCCUGUACCCAGUGGGAAGCCUUGUCAAGUCCCUGGCAGGAAUAAAUGUCCUCAUUUACCACAGGAGUUUGCGGAUGCAAUAUUCCAGAUGGUCACAGGGAAAUUCAAAGAGCUGACAGACAAUUUGACCUCCUCACAUGCACGUCAUAAGGUACUAGCAGGAAUUGUAAUGACAAGAGGUCUAAACAUGAAGGAGGCGCAAGUUGUUGCUCUGUCAACAGGGACAAAAUGUAUAAAUGGUGAAUAUAUUAGUAACCAGGGUCUAACGCUUAAUGAUUGCCACGCUGAAAUUGUGGCACGGAGAUCCUUUCUUCGUUUCCUUUACUCUCAACUGGAGCUACAUUUAAGUAAACAGCCAGAUGAUUGGGAACGAUCAAUUUUUGCUCGUCAGAAGGAGGGAGGCUACAAGCUGAAAGAUAGCAUCCUUUUCCAUCUAUACAUAAGCACACCCCCAUGCGGAGAUGCACGCCUCAACUCUCAUCGAGAAGAAAGGGCUGAAUUGCAGCACAGUAGACCAUUGAACAGGAAAGUUCGGGGGCAUCUAAGAACGAAGAUUGAAUCUGGAGAAGGCACCAUUCCAAUCCGAUCCUGCCACUCCAUCCAGACCUGGGACGGAGUAUUACAGGGAGAACAUCUACUCACAAUGUCCUGCACUGACAAGAUUAACAGGUGGAAUAUUCUGGGUGCUCAAGGAUCUCUCCUGAGCCAUUUCAUUGAACCAAUCUACCUGCAAAGCAUUGUGCUGGGAAGCACGCACCGUGUUGGUCACCUUUCCCGUGCGUUGUGCCAGCGGCUGGAGGAUGUUGUUCAGCUGCCACCACCUUAUCGAUACAACCAGCCUCUCCUCAGUGGCAUCAGUAGCACUGGAUUUCGUCAGCAGGGGAAGUCUCCAAGCUUCAGUGUAAACUGGACAUUGGGUGACUCUGACCUGGAGGUCAAUAAUGCCACAACUGGAAAGGGAGACUUGGGUCACUCGUCCAGACUCUGCAAACGUGCACUUUAUACCCAGUGGACCAAGGUUUAUGGCAAGCUGAGUACACGAGGCUCAAACCUGCAGGGAGCGCCAUCCAUGUACUGCGAAGCCAAACUGGCAGCCGAGCCAUACCAGGUGGCCAAGCAGCAGCUGUUUAAGGCAUUGCGGAAAGCCGACCUGGGCACCUGGGUAAAGAAACCACCGGAGCAAGAUCAGUUUCUGCCAACUGCGGAGGGACAGCAGGCACAGGCACUGGCUUGUGAUUUUUAA